AUGAAGAUCUUCUACAUCGGAAUCGUCCGAAACGACCCAGUCCCUGCCACUGAACUCGCCGUCGAGCGAGACCUCUCCUCGUUUUCCCGCUUCACACGCGACAGCUAUGGCGAAUUCAUGACCAUGUUCGCCAAAACCGUGGCGGAACGCACAAGGCCGGGCGUCCGUCAAGACAUCGAAGAGAAGUCCUACACAUUCCACGCAUACGGUUCGAGCCAGGGCGUAGCCGGCAUCAUCAUCAGCGACGCCGAGUAUCCAGCACUAGUGGCACAUCAACUGCUUUCCAAAAUCAUCGAUGAAUUCACCUCCCAAAAUCCCCGAACCAGCUACUCGAGCCCGAGUGUGACGAGUCGACCGUUCCCCCAACUGAAAGAUUAUAUCGUGAAAUACCAGAACCCGGAGGCAGCAGACAGCAUCAUGCGGGUGCAGCGGGAACUCGACGAGACCAAGAUUGUCCUUCACAAGACCAUCGAAAGUGUACUGGAACGAGGAGAGAAGAUUGACAGUCUCGUCGCAAAGUCCGACGGCCUAAGUGCGCAGAGCAAGAUGUUCUACCAGCAGGCCAAGAAGCAGAACUCAUGUUGUAUCGUCAUGUAA